CAUGAGAGCCGUAGUGAGCUGCAGCCACCGCCGGCCGCGGAGGAGGCAUCAUCCCAGCCAGGCGGCUGCUACUGUCCUACCUAGAGAACAUCCUUUCUAUGGGACAAGUGAACUGCUGCCGCCGCCGCCGCCUCCCACUGCAGCAAGGGUGGGGACCCUUGGCCCAGCUCUCACCACCAGGGCGCAACAGCACCAAUUACUAAAUCUCUGUCACUUGCACAACUUUAGCCCCACAACUCCUGAGCAUCCUCCCACUAAGCCGGUUUUUGUCGGGGGUGGGGGGAGUUCUUUGCCCUUUAGAUUUUUUUUUUUUGUUACCAUCAUCACUCUCCAGCCCUCCCCCCGUUUUGGGGCUGCUGAUUUCCUGCUUUGAAGCGCAAAAAGAAAAUCCAUCGGGGAGGGGGGGGAGGUUUGGUUUGUUUUUUUCACUCACACGGUCCAAGGCAUGAUGCUGAAGAUGCUCCCGUUUAAACUGCUGCUGGUGGCCGUGGUUCUGUGCUUCUUUGAGGGGGAUGCCAAGUUUGGGGAGAGUGGUGCGAGGAGGAGAAAGUGCCUGAAUGGUAACCCACCGAGGCGCCUGAAAAAGCGAGACAGGAGGAUGAUGUUCCUGGAGCCUGCGAGCGGAGGGGAGAUGAUGUGUCGUGGCUUGUACCCUCGCCUGUCCUGUUGCUCCAGGACUGACAGUCAGGGGCUGCUGCACAUUGAGACUAAGAUAUUUUCUGUUACCAACAACACAGAAUGUGUGAAGCUACUGGAAGAAAUCAAAUGUGCACACUGCUCACCACAUGCUCAGAAUCUAUUCCAUUCACCUGAGAAAGGGGAAGCAUCUGAAAGAGAACUAGCUCUUCCCUUCCUGUGCAAAGACUAUUGUAAAGAAUUCUAUUAUACUUGCAGAGGUCAAAUACCAGGGUUUCUCCAAACUACAGCUGAUGAGUUUUGCUUUUACUAUGCAAGAAAAGAUGGUGGCUUGUGCUUUCCAGAUUUUCCAAGAAAACAAGUGCGAGGCCCAGCUUCUAACUAUUUGGACCAGAUGGAAGAAUAUGACAAAGUGGAAGAGCUCAGCAGAAAGCACAAGCACAACUGCUUCUGUAUUCAGGAGGUUGUGAGUGGUUUGAGGCAGCCUGUUGGUGCAGUGCACUGUGGGGAUGCAUCACAUCGUCUCUUUAUCCUUGAGAAGGAAGGAUAUGUGAAGAUUUUCACUCCUGAAGGGGACAUAAUUAAGGAACCGUUUUUGGACAUACACAAGCUUGUUCAAAGUGGCAUAAAGGGAGGAGAUGAAAGAGGACUGUUAAGCCUUGCAUUCCAUCCCAAUUAUAAGAAAAAUGGAAAGCUGUAUGUGUCUUAUACCACCAACCAAGAACGGUGGGCCAUUGGACCUCAUGACCACAUCCUUAGGGUCGUAGAAUACACAGUAUCCAGGAAAAAUCCACACCAGGUUGAUAUGAGAACAGCAACAGUGUUUCUAGAAGUAGCAGAGCUACACCGAAAACAUCUAGGAGGACAGCUUCUGUUUGGCCCAGAUGGCUUCUUAUACAUUUUCCUUGGUGAUGGAAUGAUCACUCUAGAUGAUAUGGAGGAGAUGGAUGGUUUAAGCGACUUUACAGGUUCUGUAUUACGUCUGGAUGUAGAUACUGAUUUGUGCAAUGUUCCUUAUUCCAUACCACGAAGCAACCCACACUUUAACAGCACCAAUCAGCCUCCUGAAAUUUUUGCACAUGGACUCCACAAUCCAGGCAGGUGUGCCGUGGAUCGCCACCCAACAGAUGUAAAUAUUAAUUUAACAAUACUUUGCUCAGACUCAAAUGGAAAGAAUAGAUCUUCAGCAAGAAUCUUGCAAAUAGUAAAGGGGAAAGACUAUGAAAGCGAGCCUUCACUUCUAGAAUUCAAACCAUUCAGUAGUGGACCAUUGGUCGGUGGAUUUGUAUACCGAGGUUGCCAGUCUGAGAGACUUUAUGGAAGUUAUGUGUUUGGAGACCGCAACGGAAAUUUUUUAACGCUGCAACAGAGUCCUGUAACCAAACAGUGGCAAGAGAAACCUCUAUGUCUUGGCAACAGUGGUUCAUGUAGAGGCUUCUUUUCAGGUCACAUUUUGGGAUUUGGUGAAGAUGAAUUAGGUGAGGUAUACAUUUUAUCAAGCAGCAAAAGCAUGACACAGUCUCACAAUGGGAAACUCUACAAGAUUGUUGACCCCAAAAGACCUUUAGUCCCUGAAGAAUGCAAAAGAACAGCUCAGUCUGCACAGAUAUUGAUGUCUGAAUGCUCAAGGCAUUGUCGGAAUGGGCACUGCACUCCAACUGGAAAAUGCUGCUGUAAUCAAGGCUGGGAAGGAGAAUUCUGCAGAACUGCAAAAUGUGAUCCAGCAUGUCGACACGGAGGUGUCUGUGUAAGACCCAAUAAGUGCUUGUGUAAAAAAGGAUAUCUUGGCCCCCAGUGUGAACAAGUGGAUAGAAACAUCCGAAGAGUGACAAGGGCAGGUAUUCUUGAUCAGAUUAUAGACAUGACAUCCUAUUUGCUGGAUCUAACCAGCUACAUUGUAUAGUUUCUGGGACUAUUUGGAUACUACAUUUUCAACGGGCAUUUAUUUUGAAUUCUGUCAUUUUAAAAGGACGGUUAUCCUGCUAUAAACACCGGUGAUUCAAUUUACUUUUAUUAAUUUAACUAUAAUUUCCAGACAUGUGCAGAUAAUUUUUUUUCAUGUGUGCAUAUAUCCAUACAUCGGCAUAGAUGUAUAGAUGUACAACACACACAAAACCCCAUCAUAAGUGUGGUUGCAUAACUAGUGGAAUUUCUGAAAUAUAUUUCUUCACGUGAAAUAGCUUACACAGUGAUUCCACUUAAACCACAUUUUCAUCAAAGGACUCUUAUGGUGUCAUCAUGGAUUCUUUGACAUCCCAGCAAUUUUAUGUCUGUAACUAUCUGAUUAUAACAAUAAAGAGAGGAGUUUUGAAACAUUACUGUACAAACUGCUGGAUUUCAUUAAAUUUAGUUAUAACGGUUUUUAAGGUGAAAUGAACUACACUAUGAGAGAAUAUUUCUAAACUCCUUAAUGCAGUCCUAAAUAGGCAAUUCAUUGUAAGCUUGUAACCUUCACCUUCAUCAAUGUAUCUCUAUUACAGAAUGUUAUGCACUUACUUCUUUAUCUGGCAUAGAUGCAGAAAUCUGGUUAUCACAACUUAAUAUCAAAACUGUUUCAAGUGUUUAAUAAUUAAAUUAUAUCAGCGUAUUUCAAAACCAGUCAUCCUAGAAGGUCUGCUUUUUAUCAUAUAUUUUAUUUAACAUUGGGCACUGGGUUCAUGUUACAUAUUUAUAUUAUUUUAUUUUAUUUUUAUAAUAUAGACAUCACCUAGAUGAAACAGCUUUGCCAUGUCCUGUAAAAUACUAAAGUUACAUUUUUCACCAACUUAAUUGGAAUGACGGGGAAUGAGAGAGCAAACACUCUUAAAUGUGUUGUGGAUCUAAUUUAGAAAUGUAUCCUUGUGUCAACAUGUAUUCCUUUACAACGGAUGAAAAAGCAACCACCAAUCAAUCUUUGUAGAAUUCCAGCAUACCAUAAAAAUGUUUAUAAAAGUGCUUUUCACUAUAACAGGAUUGCCCAGAUUAUACAUGAUUAGACUGUUACAGAUUUCACACUGAAUGGAACUUCACUGGACAAGAGCUCACUUUAGCAAAUCUUGGGUACAUAAAAUGUCACUUGUACAAAACGUUAUAUGAUGAUUAUUGCCAAAUAUGGUUUUAAAUGUAAAUGUUCCUUGAAGAGUUAACAAAAAAUGAAUUUUUGUAAAUGUAUCAAUAAAUUUGGUGUACAUGCUGUAUUCAGGUUUUUUAAAGCAUUAGUUAAUAUUUUAACUAUAGACACCUUCAGACUGGGGGACCACCCCCAGUCCGCCCCUGCCCCUUGAUCCCCCAUCAUGUGUGGCCAGAUCUCAGCGUUCAUAUCUAUCACAUAUAUGGUUUCCUUUGUACUACUGCCUUACAGAAAAACUUACCUACAAAGAGAAAACAGAACAACCACAGUGUUCCCAUCAUCGCCCUAUAAAUUGCUGUUCCUGUAUCAACAGUGGAUAGUGGUUUAAGCAAUGCAGUCUAACAUAUUCCAGCAAGAUUUCCCACCCAUAAGAAAAUGACCUUUAUAGGACAGUGACUUGUAACUAAUUUUCCAUUAAUGGAUGUUUUCAGUCUCUUAUUUUAAUACAUCUGAAAUUUGCAAGGAAAGCAUGCUUGAUAUUUGUCCCGAUCUGUGUGAAGAGACUGGCUAAAGUGAACAGAAAGCUACACUUGCCUUCCAUAUAUGAUUACUUGGGUUUUAGCUGACCUCAUGCCAAAUGGAAAUUGGUUGAGAAAUCUUGGUUGAGUGCUUAGUGAACAAUAGUCUGCAUUAAAAAGUGCCUGCAUAAUUUUGCACAAUGUAGAUUCAAGUGACAGUCUAUUCAAAGAAGUCUCAGGAUUAAAUGAGCAUGGAGACCAAAUUGCCCUCUUACCCCAGAAAAGGGUGGUCCCUUCUAGUCACACUAACACUUCAUUGGCUAAGCAGUGUGACAAAUCUUGCAAUGAACCCUGCAGUAGCCUGCAUCUGUAGGUUAAUAGCAGCUCUUUGUCUCCACUGCUUUCUGCCUAUAGUCUUUUUACUGAAUUCCAUCACAAAAAGUUUUACAAUUAAAAAAAAUGUCCUGACAACCAUUUUUGUAAAUUGACCUUACCAACUAAUCUUCUCUUAUUCAACGUGGGUGACAUUAACAAAAUGUGAACUUCUGGUGAAUGAGCCAGCUGUCUAAAUCUGUCAAAUUGUGCAGUUUUAUUAUGCAUUAUACUCUUCAUAGAGUCAGCAAAACAAGAAUAAAGUUACCGCAGUAUUAUUUGUAACAUUUAAACAUCCAACCCAACUAGCACUUUUUUCACUUCCUUUAACAAAAGUUAUUCCAAGCUGUAACUUAUAGACUAACACGGCUACCCUUGUGAAAUCUGUUCAUAUCAGCAGUGACUCUUGAAUAUUUUCAGUACCUAACUGAAGAGGAAUGAUACACCAUUUUUACGAGUCACUUUCAAGUUCUUUGAAAAGAACCGAGCCCUAAGUGACCUUAUCUAUUUUGGUAAAAGACUAAAUUCUUCUAGUAAGUAGUUAUGCAGAGUCACAGAUGUUAGCUUAUACCAACAAAAUGUCUAGUAUCCAGAUGGCCCCUAGUUUCUGUUACUGGUGAAAAGAGACAUCGGCACUCUAUUAAAGACUGAGGGUAAAAUCCUGGCCUCAUCAAAAUCAAUGGCAAAACACCCGUUGACAUCGGGGGGCAGGAUUCCAUCCUAAAAAUUUAAACAUCCAUAUCAAUUUAUAAAAUAAAAUCCAUUUGACACAUUCCAGAAAGAUUGUAAUACUUAUUACUAAGAACAGGUCUAAAAUAUGGGGGAUGAGGGGAAAGGGGGAGAUAGAGAGGAGUUUGUGUUUCAUUGCAUUAUUAAACAACUUUUCCAUCCUGUGGAAGCAGGCCUCUCUCCAUUAAGCCCCUAAGGGUGUGUAACAUAACAUGAGGACUGUCCAUUAGAAAGGAGAUGUUCUCAUUAGAUGUUUGAACUGCAUAUUUUUCAAAAGAAAUUACACUAAAUAUUGAAAGGGGUGAGUAAAUUAAGGUCACCUUCCUCUCACCUUUUCCUGACCUGAUAGUCUAAAAUGUUAAAGAAGUUUGACUGCAGAGAAGUGACAUGCAAAAAUUAAGUUAUUUCUGUAGCAUUCUUAUUGCUAGUUAGGUCACCCUGUAGCUAUCUUAUGUAUUCAGUAAGAGUUUUCCAGCAUAAAAAACAGAGCUUCCAAAUGAAACUGGCUAAAUGGGGCAAACAGCUAAGGAGACCAAAUAGGAUUUUUUGCAGGUGCUUGAGUUUCUCUCUUCUCUCUCCUGUCUUUUAGUUUAAUAAGGUCAUUAUGAAACACAUCCAUGCCUUUGUUUCCAGCACACUAUAUAUUUCAAACAUUCCUUCAGGUGUCUUUCCCCUCAAAGAGGGGAAAUGUAUUUAUAUCAACAUAACUCUAUUCUAGCUCCCAGCUGGAUUGAACCCACUUAUAUUUCUCAUUUUCUCUCUUUUCUUUCCCUUUUCCUGAAAAAAAUCGCAUACACCACUGAUCUGGUGGAAGGUCUAAUUUUUGCACAUCCAUUGAACCAUCUUCCCUACUCCACAUGUGACAGUAUCAAUAUUUGAGAUGCAGACUUGUUCCGUUAAGAAUUUGUCAUAAAACCAGCCCCAAAUUGUUGUACUUUCUAAUCACAAAAAUCACUAAACUGAUUUUUUUGACUUGUCCAACUGCAACUAUUAGCCCAAAAUUGUCCCUCAGAUUGGCACAAAACGUCUUCCAUUGAUUUUAAGGGAACUAUAUGUGCCCAUCAAAGAGCAGAUGUUGGUCCACAGUGUCUACAAGUUCUCAGCGGUUACUGUAUUCCAUGCAUCCAAAUAUCAAUAUCAGGGAGAACUAUUCUCUACUGGCAGCCAUGAUAACUUCAGCAUCUUUUGCUUCUCCCAUUCACUUCUGUUAAUGUUGGUGUGAUAGCUCUUUCCUCAAAGCAAAGAUCAGUAUUUCCAUGCUGUUUCUGCUCACUAUUUUUUAAUCCAUAUUAUAGACAGAUGCCUCACUAAAGUGGCCUUCCCAUGGCAUGUUACAUGCAGAAUUUAAACAAAAUACUGGUAUUUUUAAAAGUGAUACUUUUGAUUAUUCUGCCUGUAGUGGGGUUUUUUUUGGUUGAUUGGUUUGGGUUUUUUUCCACUUCUAAUACUGUAGCUUGGUUGCCAUCAGUCAUUCACUAUGGCUGUGGUUCAGGAGUAGCAGUCUCAUGUCCCUCACUCUUUAGAUCAUGAAGCUCGGUUGUCUCACGGAGGUGACCUGCUUGAGCUGGGCUGUUGUUUAUUAUCCAGUCAAACUGUCAGGUAGUUCAAAAAACAACGCUGGCAUCAGCUUCGAAGGGGAUUGUUUCCAAUCUAGCCAUCAGAACCCUCAAAUGAGAAACAGAAGGGGAUUCCCCAGAAUGAAGGAAUGUGGAUCCUCACAAUUCUCUUUCCCUAGCAUUGGAUUAACAAGGAUGACGCUAACUUGCACACCUGUGUGCCUGAGGCCCCAAUCCUGCAAACACUUAAGCAUCGGAGUAAAUUUACACAUGUGAGCAGUCCCACUGAGUUGAAGAGGACUAUUCACAUGUAUUAAGUUAGUCACAUGCAUAUACUGUUGCAGGAUUGGGGCCAAAGGGAGAAAACUGAUGCUGCCUAAAAAGAAAUAUUGCUCAGCUAAAUUUUCACUGAUUGUGUGAGUAUUUAAGAAGGUAUUAGAUAUUUUUAAAAUCAUCAUUAAUGUUAACUAAUAGUCUAUUGAAUUAGUAAAAAUAUAAUCUCUUUAGAAGAACUGGUCAAAAAUGAGAAAAAUAUCAUGACAAAUUUUUGAAAUUUCAAAGUUGUUUCCAUUUGGUAGGUUUCAAAAUGGAUCUACUUGAGGGAUUUUUAAUGAAUUUUUUAUCCUAAACAUUGGCAAAAUGGUUACCAAUUUUCUUUAUUUACCAAAAACCAGGUUUUCUUAACCAUUUUACCAAAAACCUACUUUUUGAUUAAAAAAACCCUAUUUUGAUAAACAUUUCAAAAAAAAGUUUUGGGAAAAAAAUGUUGAAAAAGUCAACAGGGUUUUGAUAAAAAUUCCAUAAUUUUCCAGGGGAGAACUGGAGAAUAUUUCAAUGAAUACAUGUUUUAUUCAAACAAUUUUGACUAACUCUACUUUUCAGAGUAUAUAAGUAUGAAAACAAGAGUGGAGACCACUUGAAUGCUUAGCUUUCCAUUACUUUAGCCUUUCUCUGAGAGCCUGAUCUAAAGUCCACUCUAGUCAACUGAAAGACUCCCAAUGACGUUAGUUUUAGGAUUAAUUCCUCAGAAGAUAUCCACUUACUCAGUGGCAGGACUUCACAGCAUACAUUAUCCCUUCAAGCCUGUUCCUGCAGUCAUUAGUCUUGAUGAAAGUUUUACCAGAGCAAGGACGGCAGAUCCAGGCCUGUUUUUAGGUACAGAGCAUAUCUAGUCCUGUUUGUGUUUUGUUACAGGUAUUGCCAUCAGUUAUGUGAGGAUAUUAUUCUGUUGUCAGAUUUUUAUAUUAAUUUUUUAUUUGUUUAAAAAUGUGUAGCAAUUGACCCAUAGUAAUUUAUUCUCCUUUCACACACUUGUUCUUAUCUUAGGUUUUUGAAUACAUGCAACUAGGCAAGAAGGUAACUAAAAAAAUUGCCAAUGGUCCCAUUUUAUGAGCUAACCAUAACAACAUACUGAAGUGAA